CCUCCCCGCCCGCCCCGGCCAGCGCCCGGCCCUCGCUCCCGCCCGCCCGGCCCCCCCACGGGGCGCCCCGCCGCUCCCCCGCCCGCGGCCGGGCCAAGCCGACCCAAACCCCUCCCCUGUCUGCAGCAAGUGGCCGCCGGAGAAGGGCGGUGGCGGCGGCGGCGGCGCCAUCACGUGAGGGCCCUGCCUGGCGCUCGGCUCCCCUCGCCGCCGCCGACCCCCGGCCCCGUCCCGCGCCCCGCCGCCGCCUCGCCUCGCCUCGCCCCGCGCUCCCAUGCCCAGCAGCGUGGCAGUGCCGCUGGGGCUGGGCGCCUGCCGCAGGUCGGGGGCGCUGGCCGGGAUGCUGGCGCUGGUGGCGCGGCUGCUGGACUGGCUGCGCUCGCUGUUCUGGAAGGAGGAGAUGGAGCUCACCCUGGUGGGGCUGCAGUACUCGGGCAAGACCACGCUGCUCACCGUGCUGGCGUCAGGGCAGUUCACUGAAGAUAUGAUUCCUACAGUAGGCUUCAAUAUGAGAAAAAUAACAAAAGGAAACGUUACCAUAAAGGUAUGGGACAUUGGAGGUCAGCCAAGGUUUCGAAGCAUGUGGGAGCGUUACUGCAGAGGAGUCAAUGCAGUUGUUUACAUGGUGGAUGCGGCAGACUUAGAGAAAGUAGAAGCUUCAAAGAAUGAGCUACACAGUUUGAUAGAUAAGCCACAAUUGCAUGGAAUUCCAGUGUUAGUCCUUGGAAACAAAAGAGACCUCCCAGGUGCACUGGAUGAAAAGCAGUUAAUUGAGAAAUUAAACCUUUCAGCUAUUCAAGACAGAGAAAUCUGUUGCUAUUCUAUUUCCUGUAAAGAGAAGGAUAACAUUGACAUAACAUUACAAUGGCUUAUUCAGCACUCCAAAUCAAGACACUGUUGAAGAAAACUUUUGCUGAAGAUAACUCUUUCCCAAUCACUUUGAUUCCUAUCAGCUACACACAAUUGAAAAGAUAAAGAAUGCAACUGUGUACUACCAGGACUCACUUUGGUCAUAUUUGUUAACAGAAGUAAAACUGAGUUAUAGCUUGUCUCUCUAUUUUGGUUCUUUUUUAAAAAACUCCAGGUAUUUGUCGGCCUAGGUGAAAUUCCUGAACGCCUUAAUACAAGACUGAAAGAAAUGAAUACAUUUUUGGGCUGAAAUGUUUGAGUUCAUGCAUGUGAAUUGUCAAAUACUUAGUAAUUUUUUUCUAAUUUGAAACAUAAUAAACUGCACAGUGGAAACAGA